AUGUACUCUCUCCACCAGCAUUCCCUCAGUUCAUCUUCUUCCCAAACCCAUACUAACCAAGAUUUUCAGGUUGACACACACAAGACUAAUAAUGACAACCCAAAACUCCAUCAUCUCUCACUUAAUGAAGCCAUUUUCAGCGACACAGUAUCUUCAAUACGUAUUUGCACCACUGCAAAGAACUUGAAACUUGGUUCUUCCAUUCACGCCAAAAUUUUGAAAUCAGGGCUUCAUACCGAUGUCUCCAUUACCAACUCUCUCCUCAACAUGUACACAAAAUGCGAGCACAUGGACUAUGCUUCAAAAGUGUUCGACGAUAUGCCUAACAGAACAGUUGUGUCCUGGACCACAAUAAUGUCCUGUUAUUGCCAAAAAGGAUUUGCCGAUGAAGUACUAUCCCUUUUUAAUCAGAUGUUAGAAAGUUUGCCUCCUAAUGAAUUUACUCUAGCUGUUCUGCUUCAAGCUUGUGCCCAGAAAGGUGACCCGGAACUUGUAAAGGUUAUUCACUGUUUCGCGGUAAAAUUUGGGUUUCAUGAUGAUAAUUUUUUCCAGAAUUCUUUGAUAGAUGCGUACGCAAAAUGUGGGAUUCUUGGGGCUGUUGAAGAAGUGUUGGAGAGAUUUAGUUGCAGAGAUGUGGUUUCUUGGACUUCGGCAAUUUCAGGUCAUGUGGGCAAUGGCAUGAUGAAGAGAGCUCUUGAAUUGUUCUUUUUGAUGCAAGAAGAUGGGGUUGAACCAAAUGAGGUAACAAUUUUAAGCAUUUUACAAGCAUGUUCUAAGAUUAAGAAAUGGCGUGUUUUUCAAUGGAUACACGGAUUGGUUAUGAAGACUGGAUUGUGUCAAAAUGGGCUUGUGAUGAAUUCUUUAGUUGAGAUGUAUGCUGUUAAUGGGUACUUGAAUGAAGCUAUGGAAAUUUUUUGCCACUUCUGUUUCACCGGUGAAGCUUUGUAUCUGAGUUCUGAAACCGUGGCAACCCUUCUUCAGGGUUGUGGUCAUUCUGGCUUUUUCAUGCUUGGGGAAGAGAUCCAUGGGUACUUGAUUAAACAUGGAUUUUUUCCAAACACUAUUGUAGAGAACUCUCUCAUGGACGUGUAUGGUGAAAGUGGAAAACUUGAUUUUGCAUUUCAAAUAUUUAGAACGAUGAGCUUCAAAGAUAUAAUCACUUGGAACACCUUGAUGGCAUGCCUUGGGAAGAGUGAACGAUCCAGUGAAGUAUUAAAGCUUCUUAGUGAGAUUCACACGUAUGGCGAACAAGAUAACAUUUACCCUGAUUUCAUUACAAUGCUUGCAUCGAUUCAAGCAUGUUCAAAUUUGGCAUCCUUGUGGCUUGGUCAAGUAAUUCAUGGAUAUACAAUGAGAUCUGGCCUAAUUCUAGACAUUUUGGUUCAAAAUUCUCUUAUAGAUUUGUAUGGAAAGUCGGGAAGGUUAGAUUUUGCAGAGCAGGUUUUUGAAGAUAUGCCUGUAAGAGAUCUGGGAUCCUGGAAUUCAUUGAUUGCAGCAUAUGGCAUCAAUGGAGAUGGAGCCUCUGCUUUGCAAAUUUUCAGCAAACUGAAGAAAUUAGGGAUCUAUCAACCGAAUGCGAUUACAUUUGUCAACAUUCUCUCUUCUUGUGCGCAUGCAGGAUUGAUAGAAGAAGGUUUUGAAAUUUUUGACAGCAUGAACAGAGAUUAUGGAAUUGAUCCGAGAAUGGAACAUGUUGCUUGUAUGGUUAAUCUCUUGGGCAGGUCGGGAAAACUCAAGGAAGCAGAAGCUUUCGUGGAGAAGAUGGCAGUGAAGCCAGGCCCGGAUGUGUGGGGAGUUCUGUUAGGUGCUUGUGCUCUCUUUAGUAAUGUUGAGAUAGCUGAAAGAGCAGCGAGCAAACUUUUUGUGUUGGAACCGAAUAGCAGUGUUUGGAGAGUAGCAAUGUCUAAUGUGUAUGCAAGCGUUGGUAGGUGGGAGGAUGCGGCAAAGGUAAGAGCGGAGGUGAGGGAAUUGGAGGAACUCAGAAAGGAAGGAGGGUGGAGCAGUGUGGAGGUGAAAGGGGACAUGCACAGGUUUAUGGUAGCUGAUAUAAGCCACCCUGAGAGUAAGAUGAUCUACAAGGUCCUCAAUGGAAUACGGGAACAUAUUAGAGAUAAAAUAGAAGAAAUAACAUUUGUAUAA